UCGCUGUGCCGCUGCCGUUCAUGGCAGUGGCGUGCCGCGCCGACCAAUUAUGCGGGUGCAAUCGCCGCUCUGCUACCGCAGCAUGUUUGCUGGCGGCGACAGCGAGGAGGAUUUCGCGGCCUGGAAAGCGCCGCGGCUGCCACCGCAGGGCCUGACGCGCUACAGGCAAGAUUUCAAGGAGAUUGGAUUGCUGGGGCAGGGCAACUUCUCCAAGGUGUUCCGCGCCCGCCACCGCUUUGACGGCCGCGAGUAUGCAGUCAAGCGUACGCAGCGCGCUGCCGUGCCCGACGGCUCCUCCUUUGCGCAGUUCAUCCAGGAGGCGCAAGUGUUGGCUCACCUGCCGCCGCACCCGCACAUAGUCCAGUACUUUUCCUGCUGGUCAGAGCCACACCAGGGCGGCGAGCACCUGUACCUGCAACUGGAGAAAUGCGACGUCUCUCUGGGCAUUCAUGCCAGCCUUGGGGAGCAGCUCAAGGAAGGGGAUUUGCUGGAGGUGUUGCGACAGGUGGCAUCGGCUCUGGCCCACUUGCACCGGCAUGGCGUUGUACACAUGGACGUGAAGCCCGAUAACAUUUACCUGCAAGACCUGCCGGAAGAGGAGGCCCUGGCUGGCGGUGGUGCAAGCACCUGGGAAACCUGCCCUGGGGUGCGGUACAAGCUGGGCGACUUUGGGCAGGCCACGCGGCUGGACCUCAAAACGCCGAUGGCUGUGGAUGAGGGUGACUGCCGCUACUUGCCCUUGGAGGUGCUGCGUGGCGAGCUGGGCCAACUUGCCAAGGCAGAUAUGUUUGCGCUGGGGGCCAGCCUGCUGGAGCUGGCAACCCGGGCGGAGCUGCCUAGUGGCGGGCACCAGUAUGCUGACUUGCGGGCGGGCAAGCUGCCGCUGCUGCCCACCUUUACGCAGCGCUUUGCCAACAUGAUCAGGACGCUCAUGGCACCCAACCCACUGGACCGACCCAGCGCUGAAAAGGUGCUGCAGUCACCGCUUCUGGCAUGCAGGUCGGCAUCGCCGCCGGGCACGCAGCAGCAGCAACCCCUUGUGCACCAGCCCAGCACGGCCUCCACACAGAGCGCAUCCACCAUGGACACCAGCGGGGGCGGCACAGCAGUUGCUGCAGGGGCUGCUGGUGGAGCGGUCAGCAGGCAGUUUGGCGGGCUGGUGCUGCAGCGAUCGACUGCGAAGAGAUGAUUCUACGCAUCAUAUGCUCCGUUUGAUGCAUAAAUUGCACUGAAGCUGUGCAUGCAAUGUCACCGCGAGG